CACCUUACAGCGUUUUCAUUAGCAGCCGUAAUAUAUACGGGGGACCAUCGAGGCGAAUUCUAGACCACAUUUUAUACUCUUAUAUAUAGAUUGGCACUCUACCAGCGAUCGAUGAGUGCGCUGCGACCCCUGAAACCAGCAUUGCAGGCGAUUGCCAUCGAGGAGCUGAAUGAAGUGCCGCAGCGGGUGCCGGACGACAUUGAGGCGCUCAGGGAGUGGGUGCUGAAGCAACCGCAUUUGCGUGCCUGCACCGACGAUCGCUUCCUCUUGGCCUUUCUGCGCGGCACGAAAUUCAGCCUGCAGCGAGCCAAGGAGAAAUUCGAUCGCUUCUACACGCUGCAGUCCUCCAUACCCGAGGUGUUCAAUGAGCGGCGCCUGGCCACAGAUCCUCUGGUGCUCGACAUCCUGAGAAUGGGGGUGCUGCUGCGACUGCCGCUGGAUGCGGACGAUCCAGGGCCAUGCGUGACCAUCAUACGGGCCGGCUCCUAUGACACCAGCAAGUACAAGUUCCAGGACAUCAUACGGCUGGGCUCCAUGUUCGGGGAGAUUAUGAUGUUCGAGGACGAGAACGCCACGAUUAGUGGCUACGUGGAGAUCAUGGACAUGACCGGCGUCACGGGAUCCCAUCUGUUUGCCCUCCAGCCGCAGUUGCUCAGCAAAUUCUCGACCUAUGCGGAUGAAGCCAUGCCGACGCGCCAGAAGGGCAUUCACUUUAUCAACGUGCCCUCGGCCUUUGAAACGGGCUUCAACUCACUGCGAUCCUUCUUUCCCUCAAAGAUCAAGUCAAGGAUUUCUGUUAGCUCUGAUCCGGAGGCCAUAUUCCAAAUAGUUCGUCCCGAAUACCUACCCAAGGAGUACGGUGGAACACGCGGCACCAUGCGCGACAUAAGCGAGGCCAUGGAAGCGAAGCUAUCCAGCUAUGGCCUUUAUUUCGAAGCCUCCCAGCACUUUGGCACCGAUGAGAAGUUGCGUGAAUUCGGGGAUCGCGUUCGGCACAGCCAUCGCUCCUCCUUCGGAGCUGUUGGGUCAUUCCGUAAACUAGAAAUCGACUGAAUCUGAAUCGAUUUAAAGGGAUUAAUUGGGAUUGGCGCUUAUGUACAUAGAUUAAAAAUUCAAUUUGACCAUAUAAUUUGAUAAAGCU